AUGGCAUCUGUUGCUGUUGCCACUCCCUCGCCCAAAAAAACCCCCGUCGUUCGACACAAAAGUGCUUCUCCGUGGCGUAUUGCCCGAUUCGGCCCCUACCCGCCAACCAACCCGCCAACCAACCCUCUCAUCCCUGUGCUUCCGUCCUUGGCUCUCGCACCGUCGAUCCCGAAUCCGAUUUAUCAAGCUUCAUCAUCAGCCGAGCAGAACAACCCGCAACGACUUCCAGAGAAAGUCGUCCAGCACUCAUUGUCCUUCAGCCUCCUGGAAAAUGGAAUUCCUCGCGACCCUAGAGAAGAAGAACUUCCUGAGCUCCAAAGGCUGUUUCCGACCCUGAGAAAUGUGUCCUUUCAGCACCCCUUCUUGGUGUUACUCGUUGAAAAGCUCCCAGAACACCCUUGGCCAACAAUUCUUGCCGGUCUGCCAUUGUGGCUCGCAACGACUGCUGAAGGCCGGCCCCCUGUAAACAUCGGGUCGGUGGCCCGCUCCAAUCAAAGGUUCAACGUGAAUGGCAAGAUCGAAUACUACAAGACUCCAAACGAGGCGACAAUACUGGAAAUAUUUGAGCUCGUGAAUGAGAAAGGAGCCGGCGUUAACCGAAUCACUUGGGAUGGAUGCGGGUUUCAUGCAUUUGGGAACCAGGCGCCGGGACAAGGCUGGCAGAAUCGUCUUCCAAGUCGCAUCAACAAUUUUUUCAUUAGUUACACCUGGACCAAGUCAACUAUGGAAGAACAUGCAUUGCGGAUGAAGGUUCCCACAAUGGACGCUACAGAUGACACUCGAUAUCCGCGGGACCAGUUGCGACCUGGCAUCAUGAUUGCUGGUUUUCAGAACAAUAUGAAGGACGGACUUGGGACAACUGCAGGAGUUUGUGUGGAAUCCCCGACUUCGAGCAAAAAAUUUAUAACUGUUGCUGCACACGGUUUCACUGCUAGCGUGGGCGACGCAGUUUUCCACCCCCGAGUUGCCCUUUUGAACGGAAAACCCGAUCCUAGAUAUCAGAUAGCUACGAUCGAGAGGAAGUUCGGGGAUACGGAUAUCGCACUGGCAGAGCUGGAACCAGACAUUCGAUACUCUGCAGAGACCUUUACUGAUCCUCAACCUGACCAACCACAGGCGCAACCAUUCCGAAGCUUAAAGAACCCAGCUGAUCUCAAAGUAUUCGACAUGGUAUACAUGAACACCCCAGUCAAUGGACUAUGUCAAGGUCAACAUAUAGCAACUGACUGGGCGCUUGGUUUUGAAGCGACUGAUGAGGCUCCGCAAGAAAGAAAAACGUACUGCGAUAUCUCACAAUUCAGCUACUGGGGAAAUGGAAGUGAUAUUUUUUUCGAAGGUUGUUGUGGGGGAGUGAUUUGGAAUGAUGAUUUUGAUGUACUGGGACAAUUUCGUUUCCAGGAAAAGGAUGGCGCGAGGUUUGCGUUCUCACCUAGCUUCAAGAUACUGAUCGACCUCGGCUAUAAGUUGUCAUCUAUCUGA